GUAACCGUUGGCCAAUUCCGCACACUGACGGUGUUCAACUCUAAACCAAACCAGAAAUGGACAAAAAAUUGCAUCUUCCAACGUCUAGAAGUCUUGGUCCUGGUCAAUGGUACCUUGAUCCUCGUCCCUCCAAUUCCGCCCUUGUUUCUCUUUGAAAUAUUUAUCAAGGUGGUGUUAUCCAAGCCUGUUGACGUCACCCAAUCGGCCAAAAUGACGGCCGCUAAGAUGACGAAGCGAAGCGGAAAUGCGGGGGAAGGAUCAAAGGCAGGAAACGAGGAGAGAAGUGGCCACCAGGCACUAACAAACCUGGUCGAAGAUCCAGGAAGGGCCGAAUUCGGGGCUCCAUUUCAUGAUCUUCAUGGUCACAGCAUGCACCGGCUCUCCCUUGGGAGAGCAAGGGUAAUCGCAGCUGCAGCUUACCCCAGCAAACCCAGCUCCUCAUGUGGGCCGGCUGUCACGCUGGGUCAAUAUCAUUGGGACGAGUGCGGAUUCUCUCAAGGAUCAUAUGCCAAGGACCCCAACGACGACAGGCCUCGUUAA